UUCGCGCCUAGACGCUGUGGAAAGUGUAUAGUGACUGGAAUAAUACCAAAACACGCACAUUGCGAAGUCAGCUGUUGUUAUUGCAUAGUUAAAUAAAGAUUAAGAGUUUUAACGAUUUGUAUGCCAUAGCUUAGACGUGUUCGACCGAUAAUGGGCAAGCUGAAGAAAAACAAGAACAACCAGAAGACGAAGAAGAUGAAGCAACAGUGGCACAAGAAGGGGUUGGCCUCCGUCAAGGCUUCUGAGAUCCUGCUAAAGCUGUCAGCGGUUGAUCCCCAAAGAGAUAAGAUGGUAGCAACACAAGAAACAGCGGUCUCCAGUACCAGCGCCGAAAUGCCAAGACCAGAAGGGUUCAGAAAGUUCAAAGAUGGCAAAUCCAAGGUAACUCAUAGAGACCUCCUGCAGAAUUUACCAAAACGACUACAACGCGAGGCUAUUCAAAAGAAGAAACUUGAUCGUGAAAUGGUUUCGAAGCUACUGAGUUCCAUUAAGAAAAAGUACAAAGUCCAGAGAAACCCUCGGAUUAAGCGAAGAUUGGACUUUCGUCGAAUGGAAUCACCGAAAAAGAUUCCCUUGCUUCCUUUACCAAAGUUCUACAGACCUCUGAAGAACACGGAAAAUGCUACUAUAGUUAUAAAUGAGACCAUUGAAGACGGUGAAAUCAUCGAAGAGUUACCGAGCAGCGACGACGAUGACUGCGUGUUGCUGGAGACUCCAAAUGUCUCCAUAAAUAUUGAUGAUGAUGAAGAUGAGCACGGUGAUGAGUCCAACCCUAGUGAGACACUUUUUAAGGACUGUCAGCGUCUGGCCGAGAGCAUAUCAACACCGAAGAUAUUUAAAGAUUGCAAAGGCGAGGCUGCUUUACGUUUAAAAACAAAAUCAGUAAACAAAGUUUGGUACUCUACAAUUACAAAGACAAGACCCACCAUCAUCUUGGCUGAUAGCCCUGAACGAGUGCCCAGUACAGUUCCAGACAACAACGAUUCAGUAAUAAUUAUAGAGGACUCAGCGGGGUGUAUUGGUGGAGAAGACUUCAUCAAAAUCCCCUUAUGCAGUCCGCCGAAAGGCAUGAAGAAAAGUAAGAAGUUAGCAGAAAAGCCCGAAAGAAAAAGCAGUCGGAUGAACAACAGCUUAUUCACUUCUUCCGAAAAGAAAAAACUUGGACAUUAUAACAGCAACACAUUUAAUCCCUCCGAGGAGGAAGCAGUGACCAGUAGCAGUAGCAAGCCAAAAACGAAUAAGAGAACUAUUAUCAUCGACGGUAGCAAUGUGGCCUUUGCCCAUGGAAACUCGAGAUUGUUCUCUGCAGAGGGAAUCAAGUAUUGCGUGCAGUACUUUGACAAAAUGGGCCAUAACGUCAAGGCUGUAAUUCCAAUGUUUCGGAAGAACUUAUACAAAUCCUCGAAUCCUGAAAUUUUGGACGAGUUGCACAAGGAGGGAAAGUUAGUUUUUACGCCAUGUAAAAAUAUUCCCGGAAAAAUGUCAUCAAGCUACGAUGAUCGCUUUAUUUUGCAGUUGGCUUACGAAUGCAAUGCCGCUGUUGUUUCCAACGACAACUACAGAGACCUGAUUGAUGAAUGUCCCGCCUUCAAAAUGAUCGUGCAGAAUCGUGUCCUUGGCUACACGUGGUGCGACAAUAUUUUCAUACUUCCCAAAGAUCCGUACGGCCGCUGGGGACCCACACUAGAUGAAAUUCUGCGUUGCUAAAGCCUGUGGCUAUUUAGUUAGCUAUGGCCUUUUUUUGUGUUUAUGUAAAGAUUUAUUUUGUUCCAUGUUAAAGAUUUUGAGUUACUAGAUUAAUUGGCCGUCCAUCCAUUUUUCUCUGAUAUUAUCUUUCAAGGUUUGUGAGGUUGGUCAGAACUCGAAAUUAAUUUGCGGCACUCACGUAUUUUUCAUGCUUUGAAUAGUUUUCUAUCUGAAAAUUGUAUUUUCGAAUGCAUAAUACUGUAAAUACGAAUGGGGCGAAUUAAUUAAGAAUAUAAAUGUAAGUUUCGGCCCGAACUGAAAUAGUUCUCGAGGACAAAAAUUUAUUUACAUAAUAAUACAACUGUACAUGUGUGUAUGGUGUAUAAAUAAGAAUAAAUGUAAGAUUUCUUUGAAA